CAUUUCAAAAAAUGUCGUGAAAAUUUUUUAGAAAGUUGGAUCAAGGCGUUGUUUUGUAAAGUAGUUCAAAGAAACAGAAGUUUGUUCAGAUAGGCAGAUGGAGGGAGGCUUCCGUGGAGCUAGAGUUCCAAGAGUCUUAUGACAAUUACGAGGAAAAAGUGUCCACAAUUGGCUUGAAAAACAAAGUUCCUUCACGUUCAAAAGAUCAAUCAUGGUCAUCAAACGAGAAAUGGCCUACGGCAUCGUCCAAGGACUGGGUGACAUCUGGAAGUGUCAAGAACUGCAAGACUUUACUGUCACACUUGGUGAUACCCAAUAUGGCUGUCAUCGACUUCUUCUCGCAGCUUGUUCCAUAUAUUUUAGAGGACUUUUUAGGUCCGGGAUGAAAGAAACGGAAUCAAAUUGUGUGCCACUGUAGAAGACAUCUCAAGUGAAACUUUUGAGUUGAUCCUGGAGACUCUCUACACUGGCCAUAGUGUUUUGACAAAUGACAAUGUUACUGACAUCUGGAGGGCUGCUCAUCGUUUACAGAUAGAGUUUUUAGUCAAAGAAUGUGAAAAUUUUGUCAUAAAAACGAUGUCCCUAGAAAACUAUAUUGAUUAUUUUAAAGUUGGCAGGUUGUUUAACUCCAAUGCUGUGGUGGACGUCGCGUGGAUGUUUAUGCUUAAAAAUUUCACCUCAUUCUCAAAGGAACAUUUUUUCCUUGAACUCCCGUUGUCGGAUGUUCUAAGACUGGUAGAGAGUCAGAGUUUAGUUGCGAAGUCAGAAGAUAACGUCAUAAAGGCGAUAAUGAAAUGGAUUGAGUUUGCCCCAAACAGUGAAGGUCUUCCUAGUUCAAGAGUACAAGAUGUGACCAUGGAAGAUUCUCGUUGCUUAUGUUUUCAGAAGGAGAGGAAUGACAUCAAGAAUGUAAACGUUUCCAAUGACAACAGUUCUGUAGGCAUUCUCACUGGCUCUAGGUCAAUGGAUCUGUUUGCUCUGAUGUCUAGAGCGAGAACAUGUCUUGCUAGUCAUGAAUGCCUGGAGAUGAUGCUCGGACAUCCACUGGUCACCAGCGACAAACAGACCAGAGAUCUCAUCACACAAGCCCUGCUUUAUCAGCUUCAGAUUGGCAAAAGAAACGGUCAAUGGCCUACAUCCGCUAUACAUCGAAAUAGCAGUUUUUAUGAAAAUGUUGCCAUAGCUGCUGAGCUUUUACCCGACAGCACUCUGAUAAAAGUAUUUUCAUUUACAAGAAAUAAAUGGUUUUCUACAAAGAUCAAAAGUUUUCCUGGAACUGAAGUGUUUCUUCUGGCUGCAGUGGACAAGUCUCUGUAUUCUCUCUGCGUCACUCUAAAAAGUCGUUGGGACAAUGAGGACGAACCAUAUCGACUUUCAUUGUUUGAGUUAAUGCACAACGCCUGGUCGGAAAAACAAUUUCAUUUGCGAAUACCUCCUUUAUGCAGGUACUUUUUCACAGCAGUUAAUGAUUACAUAUACUUGUUAAACAGCGAUUUGAGAACCACUUGGCGACUUGAUCCAAAAUCAACAUUAAGUGUCCAGUUGGCUAAUAUUCCAGAUGAUCAACCUAUUAGCCAUGUAACAACUUAUGAACAUCUUAUUCUUGUGUUCUACCCUGUGUCUGUGGAAGGUGAAGCUGAGACUGCUGUUGAUUACUAUGAUACUUCAAAAAACACUUGGGCCAGAUUUAACAAUCUCGAGGGUCCGGCUAAUGGAAUGACAAGUUUUAAAGAUGACCAGUCCACUUACCUCUUGCAGUCCACUGGUGACGUCUGGAAGCUGAUCAAGACACCAUCUAACCAACUUGAUUUCGAACACGUCAUCAAACUUUGGAGUUGUGACUGGUCAUUUCUUUGUGGUGCGGUCACUUAUAUGGAUGAACUUUACAUCUAUGGCGUCAAAUGUGGAGCACUCAGAGAUGACCCAACACUUCGAAAGUCUUUGCCUGGUGUUUUUAGUAACAUCAUUUAUAUUGAAAGUGAGUCAAUUUCCGGAUCUAUGUUUUUACCCUUCGUAGUGAACCGUAAACUAUUAGACUAGACUGACCACACUGAGACAGUGUCUACAAAUAAUUACAUAAUAUAAUCUCUACAAAUAGGUAUAUAAUAUAAUGUGUACAAAUAGUUAUAUAAUAUAAUGUGUUCAAAUAGUUAUAUAAUAUAGUGUCUACAAAUAGUUAUAUAAUAUAAUGUGUACAAAUAGUUAUAUAAUAUCAUGUGUACACAUAUGUAUAGAAUAUAAUGUGUACAAAUAGUAAUAUAAUUAAAAUAGUUAAAAUAAUUUUCGUGCAUAUUUUUGCAAGGUUUAUAUCAACUCGUCCCGUCUGUCUGUCUGUCUGUCUGUUUUAGCGGAUAUUUCAACAUGCUUUCGCACAAUUAUUUACUUAUAGUUGAUUACAAUACAUGAAUCAAUAAAAAAAAAUUAUAAAAACUUUUUGAAUUAGUGGUCAUUAAGUAGUUUUCUUUCUUUAGAAAUAUGGUAAUAAAUCUUGCAGUAUUGAGAUAUAUGGCAGUAAAUAUGUAGUUCUUUCAAUUAUAUAAGCUCUUAUUUUAAAGUAUUAUUUAUGUUUUGCUUGUUUAACACUGUAAAAUCAUAUCUGCAAACAAGAGAACAUACAAAAUACUUUAAAAAAACAAAAAGCUUAUACGAAGUGUAAUUGUAUCAAUUAGUUCGUGUCAGUCAAUUUGUAAUAGAUCUAGAGUCUAGACCAGUGGUUCCCAAACUUUUUUGUCGCGUAGACCCCUUGCCAUGUUUUCUGGUUUUUGGUAGACCCCCUGCUUAGAUUAUACCGGUACUGCAUUUUUUUUCAAAUUCACAAACUCCAUUGUUUAAAGUAAUUUCUAACUGUAGUGAGUUGAAGAGUAAAUAAGAAAUUUAAAGCUACUUUGUAAUAUAUUUAUUGAUACAAUUCAAAACAAUUGAUAUGCACUACUGGAACCACCAAAAGACACUGAAUAUGUGUGUCGUUGUUUUUUUUCGCAGGUUCAUCAUCCAUUCCUACGGAUAUUAUGUUUCAUAUAGGAAUUUGUCGUUCUAUGAAGUAGUUCUUGCUUCAAACAAUAUAUAUCAAUAAAUUUGCUUUACGUGUCACUGUCUUUAUAUUUCUUUAUCUUUCGAGUCUUGUUCAAAACAGGAGUAGGGGUGAAGUAACUGGCGCCUAAACCAGAAAGCUUUUGGCAGUAGGGACUCAUUAACCUGGGCUAGCAAUCCACCUAGCAGGGGGGAAACUGAAUUCAAGCCUCUGCUGUCUUUCAGAUCUACCCAAACAUGGGAACUGUUUCCUGGGUCAACCCCAAAGAAAUAAGGAGCAGAUGACCUAUAGGCAGUAUGCAGCUUACAUCGCUACACACUGGUAGAGCCUGCGAGGCCGCUAAUCCCAAACUGUAUAUAUUGUUUGCGGAGGAUUACACAAUAAGCUUUUGUUAUAACUCAUACCACCGAUGUGCCUACUGUAUUGUUGGUUAAAGAAAUUUGUUUAAAAUAAUACCAGAUGUACGUUUGUGUAAAACAGUUUUUAAAACUACUUUAACAGCUGGUAAAAUCAAUGUUAUAUCUACAGUGUUUUCCGUAUUUGACUAUUAUUAAAGAGAUUUGUUAAGACGCUCACAAACCAUCAUCUUCUCUAUAUGAUGUUGAAGAGAGAUUGUGUGGGUCUAUUCUGAACUUUAGAUUUGAGAGUUCAAAAGUUUUUGAAACCUUUAUCUUUCUAUCAGGGUGGCAUCGUCUCAAUUGAUUUUUCCGAGUAAUUAGUUUCAUAUCGUCAUAAAAAGGGCUCUUGGCAACCGCUUGUUUGACAAGGAAGAAAUGAAUCCAAAUUUAAAUGACUAACUCUGUAUAAUCUACAUUUGUUUUUGUUACAUGCAGAAAAAAAUGAAGCUAUUUUUAUACGUAUGGAAAUUAAAUAUAACAAUUUUUAGUUUGAAUAAUAUGAUAAAUAGAGAGGAUUAACUAAGGUACAAAUCAUAUAUUAGUGUAUGAAAUAAUUACAUUGAUGAAAUGUGAAAAUUAAAGUUAUGACCUGCUUAAAUGAAAUCAAUUUUCGUAGACCCCCGUGGACAUCUCAUAGACCCCCAAUUUUUUUUUUUCACUUUCGUAGACCCCUUGGAGCUCUUCAUAGACCCCUGGGGGUCUAUAUAGACCACUUUGGGAAUCACUGGUCUAGACGAACAACAAGAAAUCUGUGCGAUUAGUAAUAUUUUUACCAAUUGUUUUUUAUCUGCACUAUUGUCAAUAUUCUAUGAUCCUAUCAUUUUUCUGGACUAGUUGGGAAAAUGGGGGUGGGGAAGCAAGAAAGUAAUAUCUGGGUGGAUUUAACCGUAAUUCAUUUUUAAAAGCAUUUACACACACAAAAAAAAAAAAGAGGAACGACCUGAAUUCGAACUUGUGGCUCACAGCAAAAUUUCAGCUUGAUCCGAGAUUGAGAGUAGGAGAAAUAACAAGUACAAACUUUUUUACCAGACAGACAGACAGACAGACAGUGCGUUGAUAUAAGCUUUGUAAAAAGAGUGGACUAUUUUGAAGUACAUAAAGUAUGAACAACUCCAAUAAACAGAUAUAAAGAAUGUGGCAUAUAUUUUUUUAGGAUUAUAUUCAUGAUACUUAUGAAACAUUUUCUCCUAUGAAAUAUUGUAUGUGUGUAACAUUGAUAUUAUAACAUCUUCAAUGUAAUACAUGAUCUUAGCAACGGGAAAUAGUUCGGUUCAAUAUUCAGCACAUAUUCUGUUGUCGGGGUUCCCAAACUGUGAAUUACGGACCUCUCACUUUUCCGUAAAAAAAUGUAGAUUUUAUUAACUUGAUCUCAUGCACAUGAAGGCAGAUAUAAAUAUAAGAUACUAGUAUUUCAUUUGAUAGAUACCACUGUUUAUUAAA